AUGGACGACUGUUCUGAUAAAUGCACAACUGUUUGCGACGGCUUCGUCGACUGUGACAAGUCCACUAUCUGCUCCGAAUCCUAUUGUCAUAAUUCACAAUGCCAAAAUCCGACCACCGCUUGCUUCGAUGAACACUGCAUGGGGUCGCAUUAUGGCGAUGUGCAACACGGCCUUGAAAAUACCUUUUUGAACCAGGACGGGUCCAUAAACUGGGACUGUACAAGCCUAAACCCCGAACAUCUAAACUGUGGAUUCCAUGGCCAAAACCUGGAAACCUCCUUUCCUUCACAUACUCACUCGAUGGGAGCCCCAGCGACGCCUUCCUCUGAAUUGCCCGGCUCUGUUAAGUCCUUAGGCCAUGGCCACUAUUAUAGCCAACAACCAUUCGGACCCCGAACUCAUAUGGUUCCUGGUUCAUGUUUAACGCAUGGUCUAGGAUCGAUCUGUAUCGGCAGUGCGCAGGAGCUUUGCAAUAGUGCGGAUGAUUGUACAUAUCAACAAAAAUUAGACAAUGGUUUGACUCUCGAAAAUUGUUCUGGGAUGUCAGCACCUUUUGCUUCGUUACAGACCUCCAGAGUGUUACACCAUCGGUAUCAGCACGGAUCUCUACAAGCUUUAGCUUCGCAACUAUGUCGACAACACGAAGCAGCACGGACGGUCACGACAUCGACACGUACUACGCCUAGUUUAAGCAUCCAGUCCAGCCCUGUCCCUACUUCUUCACACCAGGAAAUGAGCAGUGCAUCUGCAUUUGCUAGUCCCGAUUUCAUGGGGACCGACGGGUUGCACAUCUGCCGAUGGGUGGGAAACAAGCUAGAAAAUACAAUCUGCGGUGCAAUAUUCCCAGACGCGGGCAGUCUGCAGAAACAUCUCACCGUUGCACACGCCGAUCCUAGUCAAGGAUGCCAGGGUCAAGGCUAUUACUGCUGCUGGGAGGGAUGUUCGCGCCCAGAUGAACCAUUUUCCCAAAAAUCUAAGCUGCAAGGGCAUUUCUUGACACAUAGCAAUUAUAAGAGUUUUCGGUGCUCGAUUUGUGGUAAACCUUUUGCUCGGCAAGCUACUUUGGAGAGACAUGAACGAAGUCACCGAGGAGAUAAACCAUAUAAGUGUAAAGAGUGCGGGAAGCAGUUUACAGAUAGCAGUGAAUUAAGCGAGAAGCCAUUUAAAUGUAAUCACCCAGGCUGCAAUUUUGAGACAGGAGAUCACAUGGUGAACGAAAACACAAAUGUCCUUAUAUUGGAUGUUCAAAAAGCUUUACUAGACCAGGUAUACUUCCGAAGAACCUAA